AUGACGCGUCCAGUUCGACCAAUCACCUGUAACUCCAUUGUUGAAGAAUUGUACAUAGGGGUAUAGUUUUUCCACUCAAGACAAGUUGUGAAGAGGAUGACAACUUUAAAGAUGAUCACAUUGUGUCAUAUAUUUCCUCUUCUUGUAGAGAUGGGUAUGUCAAUCUUUUAUAUUUCUCUGCUUAUGUGAUAUCCACACUUGAUUUGGAGACAAAAUGUUUUAAAGUAUUGUUCAACAGACCCUUUGACAAUCCAAAGUUGCAUUUGGGGUAACCUAUAGCAUAGUUAAUAUAUUUUCAUGUUCUCUAGUUCAUGUGCUAGCUGGAACUGAGACUUCAUCCAUACGUCAAGAGAGUGGUAUCAUGUCAGCCAACGUUGGAGACACAGUGAUCUUGCACUGCUUUCAUGAAAGCGACAUGGCAGUAUUGUUCUCUUGGUACAAGCAAACCUUGGGAGUUAGACUUCAGCUCUUCUCAAGUGUCAAUAAGUUUGAAAAGAAUGCAACAUUCUACCAUGAGUUUAAGGAUAACACUCGCUUCUCAGUGGAAAAUGGCCAAGAAAAGAAUCACCUAAGGAUCUCACACAUGCAGCUGUCAGAUUCAGGCACAUACUACUGUGGGAGCUCUUAUAGCAAUAAGAUGGAGUUUGGAGAAGGAGCCAUUCUCAAUGUAAAGGGUAAAGAGAAAGUUAGUUUUUAAAACCUGAAUUUAGAGAUACAGUGAAGGAAAAAGGUAUUUGAUCCCCUGCUGAUUUUGUAUGUUUGCCCACUGACAAAGAAAUGAUCAGUCUAUAAAUUUAAUGGUAGGUUUAUUUGAACAGUGAGAGACAGAAUAACAACAACAAAAUCCAGAAAAACGCAUGUAAAAAAUGUUAUCAAUUGAUUUGCAUUUUAAUGAGGGAAAUAGGUAUUUGACCCCCUCUCAAUCAGAAAUAUUUCUGGCUCCCAGGUGUCUUUUAUACAGGUAACGAGCUGAGAUUAGGAGCACACUCUUAAAGGGAGUGCUCCUAAUCUCAGUUUGUUACCUGUAUAAAAUCCGCCUGUCCACAGUUGCAAUCAAUCAAUCAGAUGCCAAACUCUCCACCAUGGUCAGUGGAUCAGUGAAAAUAGUUACAAAAAUGUACCUACACUAUAGUAAAAUCUCCCUCCAUUUCAUAAUUGUUCUUCACAUGCCCAAGAUGCAGACAAUCUCUAUUACGUAGCUCCCAGUGUCGGUCAGUGCCAUUUAAGAUGAGGCAGGACGAUUUCAUAUUCCAUUCACUCAGUUCAAUGUAACAGCAAUAGGUUAAUGCUACUACAUGUUACUCAAAUCUUCCUUAUAAACAUCAUGAGGUUCCUACACCCUAGCCUAUGAUUGAAAGUUUACAACAUAGGUGCACAAAGGUCAAGAGAAAGAUUUGAGACACACAUUGACACAUUCAAUACCUCCUUCCACAUUUCUUGCCUGCAUCAGCUGAUACAGGGUGUAAUCAUUAGUACAACAGUUGCAAACAAGAGUUUCUAUUGGGCAAAUCCAGGUAUGUUUAUCCACUUUUUGAUCUGUUUGCUUCCGUUUAAGAAAUGUUUUUCAACAGAAUCGGCGUAAUGAAUAUACCCCUGAUCACGCAUAAACACAGUUCACUUUCAUAACAGCCACGUUGUAUUCCUUUUCACAGCUAUGCGCUCCCCUCCUUUCACUUUUUCCCUUCGCUUGUGGACUUCAGUACACAACACAUCAGCUGUAUGUGACCAGGCGAAAAAACCUUUCCAAGCCAAACCAUAUCAUAACCGCUACACACAGCCUACAUAGUUGUCACCAUAUUAGCUAAAGUAAUGUCAUCGUCAACAUAGCUAAUAGAACUAAUGUGUUAGGAAACCUGCUACAAUCAUGCAGUAACGUUAAAGUGUGCAGUCAGGAAGCAGUUUAGCACUUACACCAGUGGGCCCCGGUGGCAAUACAUUUGUAAAACCAAAAGCUUACCAUGACUUGGAAGAGUUCCAGUGUUGAAUAGUCAUAGCCAGCUAGCUAACAUAGCAUCCUUCUGUUUGAGCAGGGUGUUUCAGUAGGCUAUUGCUAGCUAAAAGUGAAAGUGAAAAAAAUUGACGAAAUCUCUCUCUAUCUCUCUCUUGUUUCUCCUUCAUUUUGGAAGAAAUGUAUUUGUUCAAAACUAUAAAACUAUUGUUUUUCUCUCUCUUUGAGUCAACUACUCACCACAUUUUAUGCAAUGCAGCGCUAGCUAGCUGUAGCAUAUGCUUUCAGUUCUAGAUUCAUUCUCUGAUCCUUUCAUUGGUGGAUAACAUGUAAGUUCAUCCUGCAAGAGCUCUUAUUGGUUGUAGGACGUCCUCUGGAAGUUGACAUAAUUAUUGUAUAAGUCUAUGGAAGGGGGUGAGAACAUGUAUUGAAGUCAAUGUACCCAGAGGAGGACGGAAGCUAGCUGUCCUCCAGCUACACCAUGGUGCUACCCUACAGAGUGCUGUUGAGGCUACUGUAGACCUUCAUUGCAAAAUAGUGUGUUAUAAUCAAUUAUUUUGUGACAUGUGAUUAUAUUUAUUAUAGUAUUAUCUUAAACUGAUAACUUUUAAAACGUUUUUAAAUUUUUAUAUUUAUGAAAUUCACUGAGGAGGAUGGUCCUCCCCUUCCUCCUCUGAGGAGCCUCCACUGGUAGCUCUGAAUCUGAGUAACAAGAAAAACAGGUCUAGAAGACAGAGAAACAACAUGGAGGAAGAGAAGGUGUACUCUGGGAUCAGACAGUAGAACAAUAAAACAUACGUCCAUUAAAAUUCACGAGCUCUUUAUUAACUGUAUUAGUUUUGUUAUUGUAACUGUAGCUAAUAAUACAUUAAAUGCAUUGCUUCUCUGCCAUUUGAUAUUGACUUGAUUGUGAUAAGAUGAAUAAUGCAUUCAACAAUAAUCAAGACAAAGGUUGUUGAAUGUAUUCAUUUGGACCAUACUCAGGCAUUCUUUAAGUCGUAGUGUUGAAAAGUGUUUUCUCUUCUCAUGCCACUAACACCCCGUCACACACACAUCAACCUAUUUACAGGUACUCUGUGGUCUGUGAUGAAAACAAGAUGAGGAUGUCUCUACGCUUUGUUAGGGCCUGCUGGCCUAUUGCAUGCAAUAUCCUUUUCUCUCUCUCUCUCUGCUCUUUACUCUCUUUCUCUCUCUCUCUCUCUCUCUCUCUCUCUCUCUCUCUCUCUCUCUCUCUCUCUCUCUCUCUCUCUCUCUCUCUCUCUCUCUCUCUCUCUCUCUCUCUCUCUCUCUCUGUGGUUUUCAGCCGGAUGUUAGAACUCUUAGUUCUCUCAUACUGUAGGCUAUACUACUUACUCUUCAAGUUGACCAUUUUAGCAACAUUAAACCAACACUUUUAAUGAGGCAGCUUAUCUAUACCAAGUCAACUAAAAUGUGUGAAAAAACACAAUGAGCUAUAUAUUAGGUAAUUUGACGUAGAGAUCAGGACAGUAUUCUCAAUCAGUGUGAUGUUAGGCCACUAGAACCAUGGACCUACUCAAUAACAAUAUCAUGGGAGGGCAUUCUAUCUAUCUAUUAAUUUGAGUGUAAAUCCUGAAUGAGCGAUCACUAAAAGAAAACCACUGUAUUGCAUUUGCUGUGUUUGUCAUGUUUUCUUCAUAGAUGUCUUUACUGAGGUGAAGUGACUGAUAGAAGCCCUAGUGGAUGACAGUGUCAUAGAAUGCACGUUCAAAACAGUUCACACAUUUGAGUCUCUUAGACAACAGUAGCUGCAGUGAUAAAGAAUAAGUGAAACUGUGCUCCAAAAAUUACUGCUCAAUUUGUAGAAAUCUAAACGAUAAGAUUCUACCUGUAGGAAAAUUCUGUGACUCUGAACUGCACAAGACACACGUAAAUGCCACAGUCGUGCCUGAAUGAGGCGUCAACCAAAAUAAUUCGGUCCAGUUCGACCAAUCACCUGUAACUCCACUGUUGAAGUGUUGUCUACAUGGGUGGACUCUUUCCACUGAAGACCCAAGUUGUGAAGCGUUGACAACUUUAAAGAUGAUCACACUGUGUCUGAUAUUUCCACUUCUCGUAGAGAUGGGUAAGUCAAUCUUUUACAUUUCUCUGCUUAUGUGAGGUCCACACUUGAUUUGGAGACACAAGGUAUCCAAUUAUUGUUGUACAGACACCUUGACAAUCCAAAGAUGUAUUUGAGGUAUGUAACAGCUUAAUAUAUUUUUAUGUUCUCUUGUUCAUGGAUUAGCUGGGACUGAGUCCUCAUCCAUCAGUCAGGAGAAUGGUCUCAUUUCAGCCAACGUUGGAGACGCAGUGGUUUUGGUCUGCUUCAACAAAGUCGACACAGGAGUAAUGUUCUCUUGGUACAAGCAAACAUUUAGAAAUGUCCCUCAGCUCAUCUCAACCAUCUAUAAGUAUAGCAGUAAUGCAACAUUUUACCAUGAGUUUAAGGAUAACCCUCGCUUCUCAGUGGAAGGUGGCCAAGGAAAAAAUCACUUAAUGAUCGAAGACGUGGAACUCUCUGAUUCAGGCACAUACUACUGUGGAAGUUCUUAUGGAAACAAUUUGCAGUUUGGACAAGGAGUCAUUCUCAUCAUAAAAGGUAAAGAGAAAGUUACUAUUAUGAAAAUAUUUUUAGUAAAUCUGAAUUUACAGAUAUACAGUGUAAAUAUGAGGUAUUCUCUUAAUCAGAUGAGAUCUUAAUUGAAUAAAUGUUGAGUUAAAACACUUGCCACAGGGAUAUUUUAGAGAGAUUAAAUGGGUUUAUUGGCCUUCUUGUCAGGUUCAGGGUCCAGAAAUCUGCCUGCACUCCAGCAGCCUGUGUCUGAGUCAGUCCAGCCAGGAUAUUCUGUGACUCUGAACUGUACAAUACACACUCAGACCUGUGCAGGAGAACACAGUGUCUAUUGGUUCAGACAUGGCACAGGAGAAUCCCAUCCAGGAAUCAUUUAUACCCUUGGGGACAAGGGUGAUCAGUGUGAGAAGAGCCCUGAGGCUGGGUCUCCUACACAGAGCUGUGUCUACAACCUCCCCAAGAGGAACCUCAAUAUAUCUGAUGCUGGGACUUACUACUGUGCCUCAUGUGGGGAGAUACUGUUUGGGAACGGGACCAAGCUGGACAUCGAAGGUAAGCUGUGCAUAACCAAAAUACACCACUAAUGUUCUCUCAAAUGGUAGGAAAUAUCAAUAUGUAAAUCUAUCACCUUCAAUUCAUAGUCGAUUUCAAAUAUAACUUUUAUAGCUAACUUUUAUGCCAAAACCACUGAGAAAAAGAAUAAUAGAAAAUAAUCAAGCCUUGUUUUUUAAGUUUCAGAACUGUUGGGUGAUCAGAGUAAUAUUAUUUUUGUCAUCAUUUUAUCUUGCCUGACAACUGCUGUGAUUCUGAGUGUGGUUGUCAACGUUAUCCUCUGUGUGAGAAUGAAGAGGUCACGAUGUGAACACUGUGCAGGUACAGUAAAAGUGUUCAUGCUAAUAGUAAAAGUAAUAAUAGUUAUAGAUCAUAAAGAAGGGUGAAGGCUAGCCCUCCUUUUACCACUUCCCUCUCUGGACAUUGUUUUCAUUUCACAAGCCUACUUCAUUUUGAAGCAGAAAAUAUGACAUACAUAGUAUGUUUCAAGUGUUUUAAAUGAUUUUUAAUUUGUCUUUUAGCAGGGACCCAUUCUCAGCAGAGCCAGUAUGGGAAUCCUCAUGCCAACACGUCAGACCAACAGGUCAGCAGAAUUGCUGUAUCAAGAGUGGAGUAUUAAAGCUAAAGAUUACAGCAUUAAAUUUGUCUGAAUUGAGUGAGUCUGUGUUUCAUCCCCAUAGCUCUACGGUGACGAUGAUGGCCUGAACUAUGCUGCCCUGAAGUUCACUGACAAGAGUACCAAGCCCAGGAGACAGAGGAGGGAACAGAGAGAACAGAGAGAGGAAGAUACCAUCUACUCUGGUGUGAGUCAUCAAGACAGGAUGUGACAGUCCUCCAAUCAGCAUAAUUUUAAGUUUAGCCCUACUGUCCUCCACUUUGCGCUUGACUGUGUCCGUGUGACUUGGCUAUUUUGUACAUUCCUCAUUUUUUGUAAAAUGUAAUACUCGGGCCUAGCUGAAGAGAUUGUCACUGCAUUGGCAUACUCUCCUAAUAUCAAUGUAGAAUCAUUCAGAUGCAGAGCAUACUUGUCCAGCAAGUGGAAAGCUGAUACUAGGAUGGUUUCAGAAGUCUCAAAUUCUCACCAAUAGUGGUUGAGGUUGACUUACUGGAUACAUUAGUUUUUGUAGAAAUGUAUAUCAUGAUUUUGCAAAUGUCUGAACUCUUCCUUUUGAUGAUAAAAGUUAUAACAUUGAACUAUGUAACCUGCCUUUAUGCGUGUGUGAUAGUUCAAUAAACAUGAUUUUAUUUCCUACAUUUAAUGACUUGCCCAAUUCUUACGACUUAUUUGCACGAGGUAAUCUUAUGUAAGAAUUUCUUCCACUUUGACAUUAGUGUUUUGUGUAGAUCGUUCACAAAAAAGUAUAAUUAAAUCAAUUUUAAUCCCACUUUGUAUCACAAUAAAAUGUGAAGAAAUCCAAUGUUGGUGUAGACUUUCUAUAGGCACUGUAUUUACCACAAGUCUCAGCAAAUGACGCAAAUGAUGAAAAAAUACAAACCAUUAACUCUGACUUUACACCGUUUGAAAAUAAAUAGCACAUCUUUUUGAUAGCUUAAGCAUUUUAGAGAGAAAUGCAUAAUUGAUUAAUCGAUGAAAACAUACUAUACUAUACUUCCUCUUCAAACAACCUAAAAGGUGUAUGUAGAUACACAUUUCCACUGAUGCUGUCACUUCACUUUGUCUCUUGACCCUCAUCUCAGUUGUUCUGUUACACCAGACGAGACCAGAGAGAAGAAGCUGAAGAAUGUUCAGGUUGUUUCUAGACCUGGUUAUCAUUGCAGUUUAACAACUUCAAAUACUAUUGGUAAACCAAGGAUUCUAAUAUUUCAUACUACUGAAUCAAUGUUUGAUUCGCACACUCAGGGAAACCGAACACUGUACACCACACCCAACCAGGACUUAGUGAUAAUGUAACUAAAGUAAGUAAAUGUUUAUGUGGUAUGAGUUAUCUUCACUGCAUUUCAUUUAUAGUGGACACGGAGGACAUCGGCAAUCCAAGUCCUCUUCUGCACGCCUAUCUUGGAGACAAUGUGACUCGCCAAUGCUUCUAUCCAGACAGAUAUUCUUAUAUCUCAUGGUAG